CAGAGCCAUGAAGAAGUUAAUGGUGCUGAGUCUGCUGGCCGUGGUCCUGGCACUGGACAUUGUCGGCCUCUGUCUCUCGCUGCCCUUGGCCUCCAAGGAACCUGACAACCAUGUGUACGCCAGGGCUGCCGUGGCUGCGGAUGCCAAGCACUGCUCGGAGAUUGGAAGUGAGGUGUUCUGCUGGGAUGGAAAGGUGCUUCGGGAGGGGGAGAGACUGACCCUGCCGCAGCUGGCUGACACCUACGAGACACUGGCCAUCGAGGGUGCCCAGGCCUUCUACAACGGCAGCCUCACGGCCCAGAUUGUGAAGGACAUCCAGGCGGCCGGGGGCAUUGUGACAGCUGAGGACCUGAACAACUACUGUGCUGAGCUGAUCGAGCACCCACUGAACAUCAGCCUGGGAGACGCGGUGCUGUACAUGCCCAGUGCUCCGCUCAGUGGGCCCGUGCUGGCCCUCAUCCUCAACAUCCUCAAAGGGUACAACUUCUCCCGGGAGAGCGUGGAGACCCCCGAGCAGAAGGGCCUGACGUACCACCGCAUCGUAGAGGCUUUCCGGUUUGCUUACGCCAAGAGGACCCUGCUUGGGGACCCCAAGUUUGUGGAUGUGACUGAGGUGGUCCGCAACAUGACCUCCGAGUUCUUCGCUGCCCAGCUCCGGGCCCAGAUCUCUGACGACACCACUCACCCGAUCUCCUACUACAAGCCCGAGUUCUACACGCCGGAUGAUGGGGGCACUGCUCACCUGUCUGUCGUCGCAGAGGAUGGCAGUGUUGUGUCUGCCACCAGCACCAUCAACCUCUACUUUGGCUCCAAGGUCCGCUCCCCGGUCAGCGGGAUCCUGUUCAAUGAUGAAAUGGAUGACUUCAGCUCUCCCAACAUCACCAACCAGUUUGGGGUGCCCCCCUCACCUGCCAAUUUCAUCCAGCCAGGGAAGCAGCCAUUCUCAUCUAUGUGCCCGACGAUCAUGGUGGGCCAGGACGGCCAGGUCCGGAUGGUGGUGGGAGCUUCUGGGGGCACGCAGAUCACCACGGCCACUGCACUGGUAUGUGUCACCCCUUUUCUCCCCGGCCCUGCCCACCCUGCACAGCCCCCAGGCCAUGCUGAUCACACUCCCAUGCCCCAGGCCAUCAUCUACAACCUCUGGUUCGGCUAUGACGUGAAGCGGGCCGUGGAGGAGCCCCGGCUGCACAACCAGCUUCUGCCCAACGUCACGACAGUGGAGAGAAACAUUGACCAGGCAGUAACUGCAGCCCUGGAGACCCGGCACCACCACACCCAGAUCGCGUCCACCUUCAUCGCUGUGGUGCAAGCCAUCGUCCGCACGGCUGGUGGCUGGGCAGCUGCCUCGGACUCCAGGAAAGGCGGGGAACCUGCUGGCUACUGAUUGCUCCAGGCGGACAAGGCUGACAAGCAAUCCAGGGUCAAGAUACUCACCAGGACCAGGAAGAGGACUUUGGGGAAUGGGCUUCCCCUGUGAGCAGCAGAGCAGCACAAUAAAUGAGGCCACUGUGCCAGGCUCCAGGUGGCCUACCUGGCCUGGCUCCCUACUCUCUGGGCCUCAGUGUAU